AUGCACAUAGAGAAUUUAACUAUAAGUCCACAUGACUUAACUGGUUUAGUCGAAUACCUCUCUCGAGUUUUAAGAAACAAAGACGGAACGGGGGCUCAGUUUGGACGCGCGAGGCUCAACUGGCUGAAGCAAAAGCUCUCGGCAUAUCUUGCCCGUCUUCAGCCUCGAGUGGCACUCAGAUUGCUGCACGAGAUAAACACGGGGCACUCCGGUCCCAAACUUUCGGUCCCGAAUCCCCGACUCUUGAAAGCUGCCGUUUCAACCUCGGACGGCUCGGGACUCCUCACCAGAAAGCUGAUGCGCUCGGAAAUUACUCCACUACUUCGGACUAGUGCUCGGAAAAAGGCUAAGCUCGGCUGGGACUGCUACUCUCGACCGCUCCUCUGUCCGACCGGUGGUCCUCGGUUCACCACGAAAGGCUGCCACUUGCCAGAUAGAGGCCUUCGGCUCACCGCUGCAAGGUCCGCUCGUUCAGGGUUGUCGGCUUUCCUUUCUACCAUGGUCAGCUCUCAUCAACGCCCGGAAUCUGGCGUUCUUGGUCUGGUGGUGCUCAUCUCACCGUGA